GAAGGUGUGGCAGUAGGAGAAGUUCAUUGCACUGCCUCUGGGCGCUCUCACUUAUUUCUCCCUGCGCCUCUCUCUCGUUAUAAGGGCGAGCGCGGACGAGCUCUUGAGGAACAUCGUGCUUUUGGUUGGUUGCUUGCUUCUCUCAGCAGCGUUGGCAUGGGCGGAGCGCGCAUCCUGGUUGUUGUAGCUUUGCUUGCCUCACUGCUGCUCCAUGUCGGACUUGUAGCGGCCGCUGUGGAUUGCAGCGCUGCGCAGCAGGCAAUGUUUCCUUGCCUCUCGGCGGCGGUGGGAGGCAAUCCACCGCCACCCUCGGUUGCCUGUUGCACCGCCAUGAAAAGCGUGUCCAAGCUUGAGAUGUGCCAGUGCCUCGUGAAUCAAACGUCCACGGUGCCAGGCCUCAACAUGACUGCCGCCAGAAACAUCCCGGCGAACUGCAACAUCUCCGCCGCCGCCGACUGCUCCUGAUUUCACCUGCAAUGCUCUUGUAUGUUCCCAUAUAUUAACAAUCAAUGUUUUAAGAUACCUUGUGGA